ACGACCCAAAACUAGCCGAAAAAUUCAAAUCUCGUCGGAAAACCGCGAAAUUCCUACGGUGUUCAGCCAUUUCCCCCAUUUUCGGCGAGAAAAACCCAAAACCAAGCACAUACCCAUUCUCCCCUCUUCAAAAGCGGCCUUUGCCGAGAUUUUGGGGAGAUUUGGAGCACAUUUUUUCGGCGAAGUCGCCGCCGGUGAGAGUCCGAUGAGAGUCGGGUGAGCUUCCGACGAAGCUCCAACGACCCUUCUCCGGUCUGUUUUCCGGCUGAUUUUCAUCAUCCUCCCCCUCACCUCACUUCCUCCUACAUCCUACUUGAGUCUCCAGGUUGUUUUUCAGCUCUUUCUUAUUAAUUUUAGGAGAAUCGGAUUAAGUAGUGAAGUGAGGAAAAAUUUAGUGAAUUGAAUGCUGAACUUAGAAUUAAGGUGAGGAAUUAGGGUGAUUGAAUGAUGUUGCUUAAGCUUAUUUGAGCCUUAGUGGGCAGGAUUUCAUUCGAAUUGCUUUUAAUUGUGAAACGUGCCCACCAAGUGCUAAUUGUUGAAUGAUGAGAAAUGAUUUGAUUGAGUGGUGGUUGGUCGCCACCGUGUCAUGGUUCGGGUUUGAAUUUCUGUGUGAGAUAAUCCGUGACCACCUAGAAUCAUGCCACGAGGUGCUUAAGCUUAAUUGUUUGGAUCAGCAUGGAUCCCUACAGGAAAUUUAUGUGUGUGUGUGUGGGGGGGGGGAUUCUUUUUCCUCCCAAUGCGUUGUGAUUGAUGUUUAUUUCCACGUAUGGUGCAUGUUUGUCAAUUUUGUAGGAAAGUCAACAUGAACCACCCAUUCCUUGUGGCACUGAGAGGGAACCCCAAAGCAGAGAGGGGGAUGCAAUUUUGGGCGAUCACUAACUCCUGAGAACACUGGAAACUCGACUUCAAUCAAUUCAAUGUCCUUCACUGUGGAGACAUCAUGAGGGAGGCGGUGGUUCACCCACAAUGGCACCAAAUCCUUGAAAUGGAGAAUGAAAUUUUCGAGGAGUUGUGUGUCGAGUUUUUCAGUACCUUCACCAUCCUCAUGAAAAAUAGUACGCUCGGCGCAGGGUGAAAUUCCACUUCGGUGGGGGAUGGCACAAAAUGUAUUUUGACGAGUUUGGUCGAUCACUGAGAGUUUACAACAAGAGUGAGGAUGAGUGGGAAGAGGACGACAUCAGAGUUUACGACAUGAAUGCAACAUAUCACAGGUUUUGCCUCCCGAAGCACCGACGAACACCGUUUCGAUCGACAUUCACAUUGGCCUCCACACUCAAGCCACAGUGGUGUAUCAUCAACGCAAUCCUAGCCCGUUCCCUCUACCCGAGCUAUAUCGAUCCAAACAAGAUAACCAAGAGGAUCUUGGUUGCGUUUGCUUCCAUGGCGGAUCCAUUUAGCAACCGUCAUCUUGGUUCAGUCUUGGCCACCUCUUUUGCCAGAGCCAUAUGGGGAAAACGAACGAUAUAUCAGAUCAAUGGGGCCCUACAUUACUCGUCGUGCCCGUCACUUGAAUGUUAGUUUGGCGGACUGCACAUAAGAAGGGUGCUCCACGGGGUUCGAAGAGAGCAUUUUGCGUUCCAUGCGGUUGCUGGGAUCGUUUGGUCCAUUCCGAUUCAUUGAGGGACUACCUCUACCACCAGAGGCCCCACCUCUAGAGCAGCCACCUGCUCAAGCUCGCGGUUGCUGCCGGUGUCCCGCGCUCCAGCGCCCAGUACCACCAGCAUCAGCAGUAGCAGCAGCACCAGCUGGUGAUCCCCUCGUCCAGAGAAUGGAUCGCCUCGAGACCCAUGUCGUGGGAGUGACUUCUCGACUCGACCGGCAGACUGAACUCCUUGAGCAGAUAGUUCGUCACCAGGGCCUCAUUCCAGAUGAUGAGCUGGGGCCUUCGACCCAAUGAGAGGUAGCCGACGAGGGAGAUAUGUGGCAGAGCCGUUUCGCCCCACUACUCCACUUGGAACUCUCAACUCUUUUGUUUUAUUUAUCUUUCUUUUAUUUUGUGUGUGUGAUCAUAAACUACUACUAUCGUAUUGUGAUGUGUAAUAACCUCGCCUCGAGCGAGUUGUAUUGUGUUUGUGUAUGUGUGUUUUUGUCUUCUCCUUAAAACUUAAAUCUCCUACCCCGGGACCAAUUCCAACUUUCACUCACCAAACAAAGCAGUAACAUCGUU